CGAUUGUGGGAAUGGCUGAUAGGCCUUUUUUGGCAAACUGAAAUGGAAGUUUCCGUAGUUGGUUUGCACAAAGCUGGCAAGACAACGUAUGUGAACCUAAUCUCCAAAAUCGACUGCACUAAUACCAUUCCAACUGUGGGAUUCAACAUGAGAAAGAUAAGGUGUGGUAAUACCUCAAUCAAAGUUUGGGAUCUUGGUGGAGAGAGGAGAUUUCGUGGAAUGUGGGAAAGAUACUGCCGUGGUGUGAAUGCAAUACUCUUCAUGGUGGAUGCAGCUGAUGGCGAAAAAAUUUUCGAAGCCAGGCAUGAACUUCACGAAUUGCUGCGAAAGCCUCAGCUGACUUGCGUUCCUAUUUUGAUCUUGGGCAACAAAACCGAUUUGCCUAAUGCUUUCAGUCAGGCUGAGCUUAUAGACCAUCUUAAUUUAAAAAGCAUCGAAAAUCGAGAAGUUUCUUGUUUCAUGGUAUCUUGUAAAUAUCGUGAAAAUAUCGAUAUUACAUUACAGUGGUUAAUUGCCCAUUCUAAGCGACCCAAAUAGUUCUUAUUUUUACUAGUGAGUGAACUAAGUUCGUUAAGUUUUAAAUAAAUAUAUGAAUAAAGUAAAGCUUA